UGGUGGUUGGGACUGGCGGCUUUUACAAUGGAAGGCGAAGGAGGAGGCGGGUCCGUGUCCAACGUGGAGCUGUGUAACCUGGCCUACACCGGGCGCCUGGAGGAGCUCAAGGAGCGCCUGGCCGCCAACCGGAGCUUGGCGACGCGCGCGGACCAGGAUAACAGGACAGCUCUACACUGGGCCUGUUCAGCCGGACACACAGACAUUGUUGACGUCUUGCUAAGCCUGGGAGUGCCUGUUAAUGACAAAGAUGAUGCGGGUUGGAGCCCUCUGCAUAUUGCUGCUUCAGCUGGCCGAGAUGAAAUUGUGAAGGCCCUUCUUAGAAGAGGUGCUCAGGUGAAUGCUGUCAAUCAAAAUGGCUGCACACCUCUGCAUUAUGCGGCAUCCAAAAAUAAGCAGGAGAUUGCACUGAUGCUGCUGGAAAAUGGAGCAAAUCCAGACAUAAAGGAUCAUUUGGACUCUACACCACUACACAGAGCGGCAUCCAAAGGAAACCUGAAGAUGAUACAGAUCCUUCUGAAGCACAAAGCUUCUGCCAAUCUGCAGGAUUCAGAGGGAAACACUCCUCUCCAUUUAGCCUGUGACGAAGAAAGAGCGGAUGAAGCUAAACUAUUGGUGUCCCACGGUGCAAGUAUAUAUAUCGAGAAUAAAGAAGAAAAGACUCCACUACAAGUUGCGAAAGGCGGCCUAGGAUCCAUACUUAGGAGGCUCGUUGAAGGCUAGCAGCUUCUGUCAACUUGAAUUCCAUUCUUGAUGAACAUACUAAAGACUGUCCGCUGCUGUGUGUGUGGUUUUUCGUUUUUUCAAUUGGCUUUAACUGUCAUCUCGAUGUUUUUUUUUUAAUUGUAGGGACAAUUUAAUGGAUAGAAUACGUCUUCUGUGGCCAAACAAAACUCCCUUUAAUUUCGUGUUAACUGUGUUUAUUUCUACUUUUUAGAGUAAAAAUUUGCUCACAUGGGGACUUGGUUAUAGCCCUGCUUUUCUUGUAGAAGGCCUUCAGGAACCAUCUGCCGGUUGAUGCAUUAAGCAAGCAGGCAGUAUUCACUAUUGCUCAAGAAAAGCAUGCGCAGCCUUCAAAGUGUCAACUAUGAAAGUUAUCGGCUUCCUUUCUUCGAUUCAAAUGUCAACAUGGUUGUAUUGGGUUAAAGCAAAAAGCAAAAUCCCAGAGUCUACCAAAGGCUCAGAAAUGGGCGGGUGCCCUAAGCUACUAGCUGUGAGGCGCGGGUUGCUUUGCUGCAAAAUUGUUCAGAUUUUUCUUUGAAGGAGUCACUUAACUCAGCCCUACGUCUUGUCCCGGGGUCAAAUGAUGCGAAUGGAGCUUUGCAGGAAGGCAGUGGGUUUCACUAAAGCAACUAAGUCUGCAGAUAGAAAGAAUUUCACUUCUGAUUAAAGGUAAAAGUGCAGUGGCACCUCAGAGAUCAA